ACUCAUGGAUCAACACCACUUCCCCCACUUCCUUGUUUUCCACUUGGAACCCUUCCGAUCAAUCCCCAUGCAACUGGACGUACAUCUCAUGCAACUCAAUCUCAGCCGUUAAUUCAAUCACCAUCGUCUCCAUCCCGCUUGCCACGUCACUACCACCUUCUCUCUUUCUCUCCCUCCCUUCUCUCACCUCCUUCACCGUCGCCGGCGCCAACCUCUCCGGCCAAAUCCCCUCAUCCAUCUCCUCCCUCUCUUCCCUCUCCCUCCUUGACCUCUCUUCCAACUCCCUCUCCGGCCCAAUCCCCACCGACAUCGCCGCUUUGUCCUCUCUCCGCCACCUUCUCCUCUACGACAACCACCUCUCCGGCGAGCUCCCUGAAUCUCUCAGCCAGUUACCAAACCUAGAGUCUCUCCGUGCCGGCGGCAACCGUGACCUCUCCGGCCCUAUUCCGGCCAGCUUCUCAAACCUCUCCAAGCUCACCGUUCUCGGUCUUGCUGAAACCAAGAUCUCCGGCCAGAUUCCGGCCUCUCUCGGCAAUCUCAAGAAGCUCCAAACUAUCUCUAUCUACACCGCCAUGCUUUCCGGCCCUAUCCCGCCGGAGCUCGGCAACUGCACCUCUCUCACCAACCUCUUUCUCUACGAGAACUCUCUCUCCGGUCCUCUCCCUUCCUCACUCGGCCGUCUCUUUAAUCUCCAACGCAUGCUUCUCUGGCAAAACUCCAUCUCCGGUCCUAUCCCUGACUCGUUCGGCAACCUUUCUUCUCUUCAGAUGAUGGACUUGUCUAUAAAUUCCAUCUCCGGCGAGAUUCCGGCAAGUCUUGGCUCUCUUGUGAACCUCCAAGAGCUCAUGCUUAGUGAUAACAAUGUCUCCGGUUCAAUCCCACCGUCUCUGGCGAACAUCACCGGGUUGAGCCAGCUUCAGCUUGACACUAACCAAAUCUCCGGUCUUAUCCCGCCGGAGCUUGGCCGGCUUCCGGCGCUCAAUGUUCUAUUUGCGUGGCAAAACCAGCUUGAAGGUUCAAUCCCACCAACUCUUGCCAACCUCUCUGCUCUCCAAGCUAUUGAUUUGUCUCACAAUCACCUCACCGGAGCUGUUCCUCCGGCCAUCUUUCUCUUACCAAACUUAACCAAGCUUCUUCUCUUAUCCAAUGAUAUCUCCGGCGUUAUUCCGAUGGAGCUCGGUGGUUGCCAAGCUCUUGUCCGUCUCCGGCUCGGUAACAACCGUAUAACCGGAGCAAUCCCAAGAGAGAUUGGGAGUCUAACGAGCAUCGACUUUCUUGACCUCUCCGGAAACCGGCUCUCCGGCGAAGUCCCGGAGGAAAUCGGCAACUGUUCUCAGCUCCAAAUGAUAAACUUGGCAAACAACACUCUCACUGGCUCAUUGCCUUCAUCUCUCUCUUCCAUUCCCCGGCUCCAAAUACUCGACUUCUCACUCAACAGUUUAACCGGCGAAAUCCCGGCGAGCUUCGGAAAGCUAGUCACAAUAAGCAAGCUCUUGCUCGCCGGCAAUGCGUUCUCCGGUAAGAUACCAGAGACUCUGGGAGAUUGCUCCAGCCUUGAACUUCUUGACCUCAGUGAUAACAACCUCUCCGGUGAAAUCCCAUCCAAGCUCUGUGACAUUGAAGGCCUUGACAUUGCUCUCAAUUUAAGUAGAAACAUGCUCACCGGAGCAAUACCGGAGAAGAUGUCACAAUUGAGCAAGCUCUCUGUUCUUGACCUCUCCCAUAACCAGCUUUCCGGCAGUCUCACUCCACUCGCCGGAAUUGAGAAUCUUGUGACACUCAAUGUAUCAAACAACAACUUCACUGGUUACCUCCCUGACACCAAGCUUUUCCGGCAGCUCUCAGCCUCAGACCUCGCCGGAAACCAGGGCCUUUGCACACACGGUGGCGAUGUUUGCUUUGUGAACUUGGACGGAGACGGCAAGCCGGUGAUUUCAUCGGAUGUUGAGACUAGAAGAUUGCACAGAAUUAAGCUUGCCAUUUCAUUGCUGAUUACUGUUACUGUUGCAUUGGUUUUAGGCAUGUUAGGAAUUGUAAGAGCAAGGAGGAUGGGGAGAAGAAAUGGUGGAGAUGAAGAUGAUGCUGAGAUGGUCGGAGAAUUAUCGUGGCCGUGGCAAUUCACGCCGUUUCAGAAGCUGAACUUUUCUGUUGAGCAAAUUGUUCGAAGCCUUGUUGAUGCGAAUGUGAUCGGAAAAGGAUGUUCUGGUGUUGUCUACAGAGUUAAUACUGAUAACGGUGAUGUGAUUGCCGUGAAGAAGUUGUGGCCGAUGGCAACCGUUUCUAUGAAAGAUAACAAUAACAACAACAACAAUGACAACUACAAAGUAAGGGACUCGUUUUCUGCAGAGGUGAGAACUCUUGGAUCGAUUCGGCACAAGAACAUUGUGAGGUUCUUGGGGUGUUGUUGGAACAAAAACACAAGGCUUUUGAUGUAUGAUUACAUGGCGAAUGGGAGUCUUGGAGCGUUGUUGCAUGAGAGGAAUGGCUUCUCUUUGGAGUGGGAUUUGAGGUACCAAAUCAUAUUAGGGGCAGCUCAGGGUUUGGCUUAUCUCCAUCAUGAUUGUGUUCCUCCCAUUGUUCAUAGAGAUAUCAAGGCUAAUAACAUUCUUAUUGGCCUUGAUUUCGAGCCUUAUAUCGCUGAUUUCGGUCUUGCUAAGCUUGUUGAGGACGGGGAGUUCGGCCGGUCUUCUAACACUGUCGCCGGUUCUUAUGGCUACAUCGCUCCCGAAUACGGAUACAUGAUGAAGAUUACAGAGAAGAGCGAUGUGUAUAGUUAUGGAGUGGUUGUGCUUGAAGUACUCACUGGGAAACAACCGAUCGAUCCAACGAUACCUGAUGGAUUGCAUGUGGUGGAUUGGGUGAGAAGGAAAAGAGGUAAUAAUCAAGAGGUGCUUGAUUUGAGUUUAAGAGGAAGACCAGCGACCGAAGUCGAAGAAAUGUUGCAAGCUCUCGGCGUCGCACUUCUUUGUGUUAACCCAAUGCCGGAUGAAAGGCCGACGAUGAAAGAUGUUGCGGCAAUGCUCAAGGAAAUUAGACAUGAGAGAGAGGAAUACGCGAAAGUUGAUGUACUUGUUAAAGCCGGAUCAUCGCCGGUGGUGAACAAUGCUGAAAAAACAGUACCGACAGCUUCGACUUCCAGUGCAUUGUUAUCUCAACAGAGCAAGAGUAACAAGAGCAAGGAUAUGAGUUUUUCUGCUACUAGUGUUUACUCUUCUUCGUCAAAGGCAAAAUUACCUUUCGGAUUCAAUUCUGGUUAAAUGUGUUAAGAAAGAUUGUUGUUGUUUGAUGUUUUGUAGUUUUGUUGUGGAGCUUUAGGAUUUUAGAGCUAUUGCCAAUGAAGUGAUGGUGAGAUGUAAAGAAGGAAAUCAGGAGAAUGGUUUGUUCUAGUUCUUGCAACUUGGUAUUGUUAGUUUAGGAUGUGAGAGCUGAAUAGUAUGAGAUUGUAGUACAUGUCUGAAUAAGAUCA